AUGACCGGCCCCUCGAUACAGGAUCGCACGGGCGAAUUCCAGGCUAUCCUCGGACAAGCCCAGAAACGCGCGGCAUCAUCGAAAGUUGGAUCUCAGCGGCAAGCAUUAUUAUCAGACUCCCAGCGGCAACAGGCAAAUGGCUCUGCAGAUGGAACUGGCAAGAGGAGGUCAGAGUUCGCUCGACGUGCAGCGGAGAUCGGACGGGGAAUUACAGCGACUACGGCGAAGCUGCGGAGACUGGCAGAGCUCGCGAAACGAAAGACUCUCUUCGAUGACAGACCGGUCGAGAUCUCAGAGUUGACUUAUGUCAUUAAGCAGGACCUGGCGUCGCUCAACCAGCAAAUCGCCUCGUUACAAGCACUUACACUCUCACAACAUCCAAAAUCUCACCGAUCAAAAGCGGACCAGGAGGGGGAGCAUAAUGAUAACGUUGUUGUCCUGCUACAAGGGAAACUGGCGGACGUGGGUGCCAAUUUCAAGGACGUCCUCGAGGUCCGCACCAAGAACAUCCAAGCAUCACGAUCACGGACAGAGAACUUUGUCUCAUCCGUUUCGUCCAAAUCACAAGCCGCUCUAGACACACAGCGGUCGGAUUCCCCACUGUACCCCUCUGGACGAAGAACCCCGCAACCGGGUGGCUCUUCGGAUCUCUUAACAUUGGAGCCAUCGAAUCCGUCCCCUCUAGGUCGCCCGUCCAUGCAGUCUGACCAGCAACUUUUGAUGAUGGAAGAGGCUGAGUCAAGUAACUCGUACAUACAGUCCCGUGGCGAAGCAAUUGAUGCAAUUGAGCGGACAAUCAACGAGUUGGGAGGUAUCUUUGGUCAGCUGGCGCAAAUGGUCAGCGAACAGUCCGAGAUGAUCCAGCGGAUAGAUGCCAACACAGAAGACGUGGUGGAUAAUGUCCAAGGAGCACAACGCGAAUUAAUGAAGUACUGGACACGGGUAUCAGGAAACCGAUGGUUGAUUGCUAAGAUGUUUGGAGUUCUAAUGAUUUUCUUCCUUCUCUGGGUGUUGAUCUCAGGAUAG